GCCGCCAGCCGCGAGAGCCCGCGCGCGCGCCUCCUCACCGAGGAGUCCAAACUGGGCGUGCUGCAGGCGAGCCUGGCCAGCUCGCUAAGCUCGCUGGCUUCGCUGACCGGCUCGCCGGCCUCGCUGCCGAGUCUGCUGCAGGCGCUGAAGGCCGGCUCGCCGUCGUUCGAGUCGCUUCAGACGACCGGACUGGCCGUGGCGCAGCUCACCGCCUCGGCCGUGGCCAACAACACACACAACCCGAAGGCGCUCCAGGAGCUGGCCAUGCUGCAGUCGACGCUGUUCACGCUGCAGCAGCAGCAGGUGUUCCAGAUGAACCUGAUCCAGCAGCUGCAGGCGCAGCUGCGCAUCACCAAGCAGGAGGAGACGCGUGACGGUGGUGACGAGUGUUCGCCGCGCGCCGAGAGUCCAGCGGCGGCCGACGGCCGCGCCUCGCCCCGGCCCAGCCCGCCGCCGGCCGGCGCCGACGCCGCCGACACAGCCGGCGCGCCGCCACCGCCACCGCCGGUGCCGCCGCUGGCGUCGUCGCUGGCGUCGGCGGUGAUACAGCCGACGGACGAUGCACCCAUGUCGGAGGGCAACUCGCUGCAGAUGCUGCAAAAGACGACGCAGCAGGUGCUGAACAACGCCAGCCAGGGCCUGCUCGCCAACAACAUGGUGGACGAGAUGUAUCGGCACACCAAGGCACCGAGCGUUUUCACCGGCGAUCGCAAGGACACGCCGUUCUUCAAGCACCGCUGUCGCUACUGCGGCAAGGUGUUCGGCAGCGACUCGGCGCUGCAGAUCCACAUCCGCUCGCACACCGGCGAGCGGCCCUACAAAUGCAACAUCUGCGGCAACCGCUUCACCACCAAGGGCAACCUCAAAGUACACUUCCAGCGGCACAGCGCGCGCUUUCCGCACGUCAAGAUGAACAUCAACAUGGUGCCCGAGCAUCUGGACAAGUACUACCCGCCGCUGCUGGCGCAACUGGGCGAGCUGCCGGAGACGCCGCAGCCGCCGGUGCCGCCGCCCCACUUCGGCUCGCCGCUGCUGGGGCCGCCUCCGCUCUACUCGCGCGCCCUUAACGACGAGACGGAGCCGAAGGCCGGCGGCGAGCGAGGCAAGGCGGGCGGGCUACCGCCGGCGGCGGGCGAGUCGGCCGACUGGAGGGAGGCGGCUGACGAGCCACUGAGCCUGACCAAGCCGCGCGAGCGCCGGCCCAGCGGCGAUGAGGCCACGCUGGACGACCGGCUGCGCGAGUUCGAGUCGCUACGCCGCCUGCUGCCGCCGCUCGCCAAGCGCCCGGUUGAGGACGAGCCGGCGCUGGACGAGCCCAAGCGGCUGCGCGCCGACGAGCCGGCGGACGUCAAGUGCGAGCCGGCGGACGAGGCGCCGAGGCCGGACGGCGAGGCGGAAGAGCGCAGCCGAGAUAGCCGGCUGAGCGAGUCGCGCGACGCGGCCAAGUCGGACGGCGAGGAGCCGGACCGCGACUCGCCAGCCGAACGACCGCAGAAUCUCUCCAAGACCGGCUCGCCGCCGCCGCCGCCGCCGCCGCCGCGCUCAGCCGCCUUCGCCUCGCUCAGCCAGCGCAUGCUGCCGUCGUUUCCGUUCUCGUUCCCGAUGACCACGCUGCCGCAGUCGCCGUUCCCGUUCCACUCCAGCUCGUUCAACCCGAUCCUGAGCCUGCCGCCCGACGUGGACCCCAGCAAGCACCCCAACAUCUACACCAACCUGCUGCCCAAGCCGGGCGUCAACGACAACUCGUGGGAGGCGCUGAUCGAGGUGCAGAAGACCUCGGAGACGUCCAAGCUGCAGCAGCUGGUGGACAACAUUGAGAACAAGAUCACCGACCCGAACCAGUGCGUCAUAUGCCAGCGCGUGCUCUCCUGUAAAUCGGCCCUGCAGAUGCAUUACCGCACGCACACUGGUGAGAGGCCAUUCAAGUGCAAGAUCUGCAGUCGCGCCUUCACCACCAAGGGCAACCUCAAGACACACAUGGGCGUACAUCGCUCCAAGCCGCCGGUGCGCAUGUCACACCAGUGCCCCGUCUGCCACAAGCGCUUCCACAACGGCCUGAUCCUGCAGCAGCACAUCAAGCUGCACACGGGCGAGCCGACCGAGAUGACGCCGGAGCAGAUCGCGGCCGGCGAGGUGCUGGAGCCGCUGCUGCCGCUCGGGCCCGGCUUCCCACCCGGCGCCAUGUUCCCCGGCGGCUUCCCGCUGCCGCCCAGCCACCUGCCCGGCUUCCCCGGCUUCCCGGCCGGCUUCCCGCUGCCGCUGCACAAGCGGCCGCCGUCGCUCGGCGGGCGCCGCGACGAAAACGGCAACCGCACCAAGGAGGAGGCGGCCGCCGCCAACGGACAGCGCUCGGACGUGUCCGGCGACGACUCGCUCGACUCGGCGGCGCGGCUGCCGCUCGGCGGCUUCCCCGGGCCGUUUCCGCCGUCGCCGAUGUUCGGCUGCGGCCAGUUCGGGCUGGACGCCCGCUUCCCCGGCGUCGGCUACCCAGUGAUGCGCGGUAAUACAACAUGCAAUCUGUGCUUCAAGGUUUUCGCCUGCCAAUCAGCCUUGGACAUUCAUUAUCGCAGCCACACAAAGGAACGGCCCUACAAAUGUCCCCGCUGCGGCAAAGGCUUCAGUACAAAGGGAAACAUGAAGCAGCACCUGAUGACGCACAAGCCGAAGGAGACGGGCUCGCCGGUCGAGACCUGUUCCGACGGCGAGGCGACGCGUCCCCCGAGUCCCGACGCUCCCCCAGCCCCGUCCAACGGGAGCACCGAGCCACCCCCUCCCCGGACGCCAGAUGACCGCGAACGCUGGGGGUCACCGCCGGUCCUGGGGGAUGACCUAUCGGCGCUGACCUCUAGGCCCAUCAACUUUGCCCUGCAACCUCAGGCGGUUAGCAAUGCGCCCUGAGGUUCACACCGGCAUCGUCUGGCGGCCGGCCGGCUGCCACCACACAUAUCACUCCAGAAUGGAGUCCGAGUGACGUCACCCGCUGCCUCUCGGAGACGUCGCGGUCCGCUCGUCGCCCGGUGCGGCAGCCAUCGUUCCUACCUGUACUAGUCGUGAGAGAGGGCAGCUGACGGGCCUCGACGGCUGAGCCGACAGCUGAUCGCGGGCGGCGGACCGAGGGCGGAGGCGGGGCGUGCAAGUGUACCACGUGUUCGCGGGCGUCCGUCGGGCGACGCCUGCGCCUGGCGGCCAUGUCGUGAACUACGCAAACGUGGCCGACGCGGCCGCUGCGCCGCGACGCGACGGCAGCGCCGCCUAUAUUUAUCUGGAAAACAAAGUGCUUUAGGCUAUGUUUGCUUCGCGAGCGGCGGCGCGGCUGCGGCUGCGGGGAGGCGGGCGCGCGCGUGGUGUUGGUCAGGGUGCGAUUCGAACUCGGUGUAUAUACGCGACACGUUCCUGGGCAGCCUCGACGAACGGUGCCGUUAUCACGUCUCCCUGGCCGUUUUGGGUGUCAUGUUGUUGCCAGUUGUUGUUGUUACCUGUAUUAUAAGAGCGAUAUCGCUUAUUUGUAGCUAGCGUUCACCCGUGUAUUUAUUUGAGCACCUGUGUCAGGAUUGGCUGUCCGCAGGCGCGGCUGGAGCGCUGAGAGAACCUCGAAAGUACCUAGCAGCGAAGAUCAUCUCUAGCAACGCUUAACAGGAUACACAACACAAUGAAAACUCAUUGUUCGGCCGUUCAGUUAGAUAUUUUGGGCAAAAAUAUGUUGUUAUUGCUUGUGUACGGAGUCGAUGUUGGUUGUUCAGCUGCUGUUUACCCAGAACUGAGGCACUCGUAAAUCAGCUGUUUACUGCGGCUGGCAGUCCGGACGGAUUCAGUCGGACCGUAUUGAAAUCGCAUCAGAUGUCCAUCCCGUCACAUUUCACCAAAAAAUGACAAUGAAAAAGCAGUGUUGACCUGAAACCAGCGACAGAAACUCGUGCUUUCCCCCCGUAUGUCCUCAGCCCACUUCUUUACUGAAGCCGCCAAAGCUGGUGUUAUGUUCUGUGAUAUAUAGACAGAAGAUCUGGCAUCCAAUCAUUCCAUCGCUCGCGGCAGAUUCGCUGUAAGCCGGGAAGUCGACCAUGCUCACUGCGAGGCCAGGCUGCGUUGGGCAUUCCUGCACGCGCCGAAGUUGGCAGCACUGUGGAGACCGCAUGACGUCAUGCAAUUUGUUCCAAAGGUGGAGUGUGUUUCGCUUGUGUUGCCACUUCUGGCCGAUACCAAACUGAGUCGCCUCCUGCCCUAUCCCGUGUAAAUAUCUUGCGAACCAUGCCACAUUUCUGGAUUAAAUCACCUUUUCAAUGUGCUGUAGUGAAAUGUUUUUUAAUAAAUAUGACCACAACAAUACGA